AUGCCUGUCAACUGUGUGGUAUGUGGAAUAGGAUUCCGCGAAGCGAGAAGCUUCUACAAGCAUUUGCGAAAUGCGCAUGCAUGGAACGAAGAACAGGUUAUGGGCGAGAAGAUUCGCAUCAAAACUGCAAAACACACGGAAGUGGUAUCGUGUGACCAGUGUAACAAAGUGUUUUCUACGAGGUUUGGGCUGCAAAAGCACAAAAAGCAGGUUCAUGGAAUUGCAUCUGCUCUGGAACUGAACGUCACAUGCCCGGUAUGUAGUGCCCGAUUCCAUUCUCAUCGGGAAUUGGCUCAUCAUUGUGGUGCAUCACAUCGUGAUGAAAAUGCAGAUCUGCAAGAUUUUUCGGUAUUCAGCGGAAAUUUCAGCAGCAUAGAAUUAUUCGAGGCAUGGAAGACCUCACUGGAGACUUCAACGUGCACAACAUUUUCAAAAAGAGACUGUAAAGAGAGAAGUAAUGGGAGAAAACAUAUUUAUUGGUGUAGACAUGCCCGAGGACAUGGAGCAGGUAUAGAUGCCGAAGAAGUCCGUCAUGUGUACGGCAAGAGCAAACGAGUUCAUUCGCACUGUCCUGCUUACUUGAAGGUAUUCGAAAAAAAUGAUGGCAGUGUCGUAUACGAAGGUUGCACUGGGCACCUUGGACACAUUGUGAGUGCGGCGUAUCUUCGACUUUCCACAGAAGACGAAAAAGAUAUCUUGAACAUGUUAAAGUUGGGAAUGGAGGCGUCAUCAAUUGUUCAAAAACUCGAACGACAAAAUUGGAAUUACAAAUUAGGCCUCAACGAACAACGCAGGAUAUGCUAUAUUGAAAACAAGGAUGUGUGGCGACUGGCCGAGCGAAAUGGGUUGAUACAAGGAAGAUCGCAUUCUGUUGAUCUUGUGUCGAUGGAGGAACUGCUGCAUCGUGAAGACGUUGCCGCGUUCGAAUAUGUGAAGUCAGGACAUCCAACGGGGGACGGUUUUGUCCUGGCGCUCGUCACUACAAGCGGAAAGAAAUAUCUUGAUAGGCACGGAUAUAGAGGAUUGGUUUUUGAUGACACAUUUAAUGUGUCAAGAUAUUCUUUUCGUCUCGCUACACUCUUGGUUUCCGAUGAUGGGGGUCAUGGAUUCCCCUGCGGUUUUGUACUCUCAUUCCGAAUGACUUCGCAAGAAAUCUCCACGCUGUUUCGUAUUAUCAAGAACCUUCUUCCGCAGUUCGACACUCAAUUCGUCAUGACAGAUGAUUGCGGUGUCUUUUAUAAUGGUUUCAUGGAUGUAUUCCCUUUGAGCAGAGCCCAGAAAAUUCUAUGUAAAUUUCAUCUGAGUCAAAGUAUCGGAAGAAAAUUGAAGGAGACCUUAAAGAGAGAGGACGUGAAAAUUGGCACUGCAUUAUUUUCUCAAUUACUGGACGAAUCAGAACCAUCUCAGUUCGAGAGGAUGUAUGUAGCUUUCCUUUCAUGGAUAGGAUCGAGGAAGCGAAGGAAUGCUAUCGCACAACAUCAUUGCAGGACAAAAUUUUUGAGCUGGAGCCGCGCGCGUGGGGAGUCCCAUCGAAAUCAAAGUCUAGAAACGAUUUAUUCUGUCACGAUUAAUGAAUCAUGUGACUGCGAUCCCCUAAAUAAUUCACAUUGUCAAAGAUGUGGAGCCUGCGCUUUCCGCAUGACAUGUUCUUGUAGGGAUUCCAUGAACCCAGGAGUCGCUUGUAUACACUGUCAUGCAGUGGCCACAUUUUCAGACAGUGCAAAAUGUUUGCUACCCGUGAACGAGCAUAGACUGGCUAGUAGUGGAUGUUCAAGCGCAAAGUUAUCAAGAAGUACAACGCCAGGAUCGCAUGGAAACUUGUCCAAUCUCCCAAACAGCUUAGCAGACGAUGACGUGCUCGAAAGAUCGAUUUCCAGCCAAGAAGCAAUUGCGGAACAGGACUGCAUAAAAGAAGAUUACCAGCGUUGUCAGGGGAACCUUGCGUAUGUCAACGAACUAUUGCGAGUUUGUAUGAAGAAGAAGCUUCUUCAACCUAUACGUGAAGCCAACAAUGCUUUGAUGGAUAUAGCUACGAAACUAAUGGAAGUGACGGGCUCAGGUGGAGAUUUGGUGAGACGGGUUUCAAUGCAACCACCAGGGAGGAAGCCAAAACCGGAGCCAAUCGAAAAGUUCAAAACGAGAGCCCAGACGCGCAGAAGGAAGCGGGGAAGAACCAGCUGA